AUGGGCUUCGCUGGAGGUUUGAAGAGAAGGCUGGCUGCUAAGACAGUCGAGGGCGCCGAAGUUGAAGGCCGCGAUGCAUGGCUCGACAACGAUGACAUUCGUCCGCUUGCCAUCAAGGACCGUACAUGGACGCAGCGAACAUACUUCACCUUCUGGUUCUCUGCCGUUGCCACAGUCGCAACAUGGUACGGUGGCUCCGCCGCUCAGUCCACUGGCCUGAACAUGUGGGAAGUUCUAGGUUGCCAAAUCGCCGGCUGGAUCCUCAUCGCCACCAUCUUCGUCCUUAACGGCAGAGCAGGCGCCGUAUACCAUGUCGGCUUCCCGAUCAACUGCCGCGCCGCCUUUGGUGUCUUCGGCGGCUGGUGGCCUACAUUCAAUCGUGCAGUCAUGGCUACAGUCUGGAACGGCGUCAACGGCGUCCAAGGAGGUCAAUGUGUCUACGCCAUGCUGCACGCCAUAUUUCCCGGCAUCGCCACCCUCCCCAACAUCAUGGGCAAAGGCUCUGCGCUGGACUCUGGCGGCUUCAUCGGCUAUGUCAUCUUUUACCUGGUCAUCUGCGUCUUUCUCACGGUUCCGAUUCCCAAGAUGCGCAUCCUGAUUUACAUCAAGCUGGUUGUCUACCUCGCCAGCGCCGUCGCCAUGCUAGCGUGGUGCUUGACACUUGCCGGCGGUGCCGGUCCUGUCGUCAGCCAGCCCUCCAAAGUCCACGGCAAGGAGAAGGCAUGGCUAAUGGUUCGCUUCCUCUUCCUUGCAGCCGGUAGCUGCGCCACCUUCGCCAGCAACGCCUCCGACUUCCAGCGCUACGCAAAGAAGCCUAACGAUGUCAUCCUCGGCAAUAUCGUCGGCUUCCCUCUGGCUGAUCUGACUGUCUGCCUGGUGGGCAACAUCGUCGCGUCUUCGUCCGUCAUCGUUCUCGGCGAGCUCGAAUGGAACCCUCUUACCUACCUCGACCGCAUCCAGUCCAACAACUACACCCCAGGAAACCGUGCCGGAGUGUUCUUCAUCGCGUUUAUGUUUGCGUACUCCGCCGUCUUUUCAUCUGUCUUUGAGAACUCUAUCCCGGCAGGCAAUGACUACGCGGCUUUGAUGCCCAAAUACAUCUCUAUCAAGACCGGCAUGUACCUGUGCCAAGUCAUCUCGGUGUUGAUCAACCCGUGGUACCUCUUGGGCUCGGCAUCAGUGUUCAUCAACUUCCUGGCCUCAUAUCAAGUCUUCCUCUCGUCAAUCACGGGUGUGCUGAUGUGCAACUACUGGCUCAUUGCUCGUGGGUAUUAUCGCAUUGACGACCUAUUCACCGCGAGACGCGACGGGGCUUACUACUACACCAAAGGCUGGAACAUUCGCGCAUACGUCGCGUAUGUGUUGGCGAUCUGCCCGAACUUUGCGGGGUUCUUGGGGAGUAUGGGUGUUUCCAUGCCUCUCGGCGUCCGCCGCGCCUACUACGUAGCCUACCCCCUAGGCCUGAUCGUCUCCUUCCUCGCCUUCUGGGUCUGCAACCUGAUCAAGAAGCCCGAAAUCAUGCUGCACGGCUGGCACGAGCCCAAGAACUACUACCGCCCAGGCGAGGAUCCGGAGGAUAAUCGGGUCGUUGAGGGCGAGGAGGUGAGGGAUAGUAGUAGUGUCGAGGGGAACAAGCGGGCGCAUGGGGUGGCGGAGGAUAUGGAGGGUAAGGAGGUUGGUGGUGGGAAGGGGGUGAACGUUGAUGAGAAGGCGUUGUAG